AAGUGAGCGAGAUCUCAUUCAUAAAAAAAAGAGAAAGUUCAUUCAUACACGCUGCACAAUCCUGCUGCGCCCCAGAAAGAAAAGACAGAGGGGAGGAAAGUUGAUGUGAAGGUGAAGCUGGGAGCCUGGCAACUGACUGAGAAAGUGUGCGGGUCAGUAGGAUGGGGCUGUACUCUGCAUGACUAGAGUGGAGCAGACUGGACUCUAGACUUAACAGGACAUCCCAGAGUCCUACAGUGCGUUCUCCUUUGCUCUGUUUCCUGAUUAUGAGAGAGCAAACCUUAUCCAGGUUGAAAUCACAGACGGGACUCCUACCAGGCAGGUAUGCUGAAGCGUACUAAAUACAGUCGACUGCGCAACGAUUCUCCAACAUCUCUGGAGGAGAACCCCCAGGGAAUGUUGCCCCUGAAGCAGGACCUUUGCUUAGACUCUGAAUUCAGUCAGCUGGGACUUGGGAUAACUACACACCACGGACCAUCCACCCUGAGGGAUUUCAUCCCCCGCAUGGCCAACAUCCGACUGCAAAGCCCUAUUUCCCGGCAAGGCCUAAAAGGACAGACAGACACAGCCAGAGGUAGAAGCAUCAGUGCCCCUACUGACAAACCCUUGUCCAGAACAGAGUGGGGUUCAGGAAGUAAUGAGAGAUUUUGCACUCACGCUUCCCUCAACGCUCCCCUAUCCACGGGCCAAAAUCUAAUUCACCCUGCUUUGCUCUGCACAAAAAGACCUAUCACCCUACAACGGAUGGCAAGCCUUCCUUGGACCCCUGGAUAUCCUCCCUGCUCACAUCACAGAGGUGGUCUGUGCUGUGUGAAGAUUUCCUCUGCAAAAGGUGAUCGUACAGUGGUGGGGACAGGAAGCAGAGCAGUUCACCAUCACAUCAAGUACAUGGGUAGUGUGGAAGUGACCCAGUCCAUGAGAACCCUUGACUUUGACACAAGAAUGCAAGUUACACGAGAGGCAAUCAGCAGACUUUGUGCGAGGACAUUGCUCAAAACAGCAGUGAAAACUAAAAGGCCUGUUUGCAAGGGACUGUCUUCUGUUCUGGGUCAAACCAACCUGCAGUUUUCUGGAAGAAGGAUCAUCCUCACUGUCUCCACCGACAGUAUGACUCUAAUCGCUGCCUCCUCCUUACAGAAGAUUGCCCACCACCCCAUGCAGACCAUUUCAUUUGCCUCCGGUGGAGAUUCAGACAUGGCAGAUUACAUUGCUUAUGUAGCUAAAGACCUUGCCAAUGACAGAGCCUGUCACAUCCUGGAGUGUCCCGAGGGUCAAGCCACUGAGGUUAUCAACAGCAUCGGUCAGGCCUUUGAGACGCGCUUCCGCCACCUUCUCAGCCAGACACCAUCGGUCCUGUCCACCAGUUCCAGACCGGCACUGAGAAUCUGUCACAAAUGGUGCCCCGAAGAGUUAAUAAUAAACCAAAAGGCAAACCGGGAAGGAGAAUUCAGUGAACACCGUGACUACUACAAUGUGAACCCAGGAGACCCAGGAGGAAUAAAAGACUUUCAGGUCACAGAAGAGGAGAGCAAAGAAGAUGCUAACAUUCACAGGGUCUGUUUCCCUCGGCCUGUUUCCCUUUAUGAGAACUGCUCCAUCGCAGAUGAGACUCCAGCUCCACCUGCAGAUUUAGAGCAGUCUGAGGUCAAUACUGAACAACGCUCUCUGCUCACUGAGACGCGGGUCCACCAGAAGCUGAUCCAGGAAGAAGGAUGGUUCCACGGCAGGUUAGGAAGAGAGCAGGCGGAGUCGCUUCUCACCUGUAGCGGAGAUUUCCUGGUCAGAGAGAGCAGCUCUGCCGCUGGUCAGUAUGUACUCAGCGGUAUGGAGGGAGCUACUGUGCGACACCUACUGCUGGUUGAUCCACACGGACAGGUGCGGACCCGUGAUCAGGUGUUUCUGAGUGUUGGCCACCUGGUGCGAUUCCACAUGGAGAAUCAGAUGCCCAUUGUUUCUGGAAGCAGCGAGCUGUGCCUGAAACAGCCGAUCCUGCAAACACACAAACAUUCACAGACUGCCAGAUGCAUGGUCUUGAAUUAGCAGUGGUUUUUGAGAUGAAACACAGAGAGGCCUAGCAACAACAAAAAGAAGAAGAAGAACUUUUAAACCUUUAAACACUUUCAGCUGCCUCAAGAGAAGAGCACCCCUGGACAUAAUUUCCAGGGAGCUGUGAUCAUUUUCCCAAACUGUUGGGACAAUUUUGCAUUAUUUGCCCAUUAUAUUAUUUACUGUGUGUUUUGUUUUUUGUUUGAGUAAACUCUCAAGUCACAGCUUGUGCCUGUAUUGAGAACAGCCUUUGGCCUGCAGAACAUCCUGUCUCGCUCUCAGGCAGUUUGCUAUUAUUUACUCAGUGUCUCAACACAGUCUCUGGCGUUGGCAGGAAAUAACCAGAAUGUUGGCAGGCUUUCCAAAUCCUUUUCUAUAUGCUAUAUUUGUCUCGUGCUCAUUAGUUUUGAUUUUCUUUUGUUUUUGUUCCCACUUUCCAUGCUUAACUUGAGAAAAAUAACUUUUCAUCCCACUUGUUUGUUGCAUACUGAACAUGAAACUACAGCGGUCUUUGUAUCUAGAUACCCCAUUUAGGUGUUUAUGUUGAACACAUUUUGGGUCUUUUACAGAAGUGAUUAAAUCGGAUUUUGUUGGUGA